GCCACCGACUUGACAUCGGAUGGAUGAUCUAUUGACCAAUCGGCUGGGUUAUUCGUGUUCGCCUGACUGAAUGUCGGGAAGGCCGAGUGAGAGUGUGUUUUGUCGUUGCUCUCCUCACUUUUUCACCGAAUUUAGCGACGGUGUAAACUUUGAAGCGGGCACCGUCGUACCGUCGACUCCGAGCGAGAGCUUCCCGGGCCCUUUCACACAGCAGAACUCAUCUCCGAAUUUAUUAAAACCCGAGGUGAAUUAAAAGUUGGCAAGGAUCCGGAUCAACACACGAUCGGAGUCUGGAUGCUGCUCGGUUGCUACGCUCUGUCCCUGUACCCAAUUGGUUGGUGUGGCAACAACAACAAGACGCUUUAGGCCAGCUCCGCCUGACGUUAGUCUGCUCUGUUAUCGGAACAGCACAGCCAAAAAGCACGGAGUUGUUGGAGGGGUGAGGAUCGUUCUCAUCGAUAUUGCGACAGAAGGAGAGUCUCAUUUUAAUUUUAUUCAAUUUAAUGAGCUACCCUUAGUUGCCCUUGCUGAUCCUUAUCACUUGCAUUUUUCAAACUAGUUCUGUUGCUACCCAAGACUCUGUAUCAUGACGAAUCACACCACCACCAUCACCACAACCUCUACGGCAUAUAGUGGCUCCAGGUCUACUACGUCCAGAUCCGAAGCCGACACGAUCAUUGCCAUGCAGCGUGAGAUAUUGGCUCAACGUGUGAUCCUCGAAAACAACCUGAGGAGCAAGAUGCUAGAGUCGUCAUCGAAGUCCCCACAAUCCAUCGCGUCCAUCAGUACGUACAGUAAGCCACUCAGUGCCCCCAAGACCUCCAAAACUGCGGCUUCCUCCGUAUCCAGUACUUACAGUAAACCAAUCAGUUCCUCUAAGAACUCCAACACUGCGGUUUCCUCCCUAUCCUCUGGAUCUGCUAAACCAAGGCAUCUUCUCAAGAGGUAUACUGGUAGCAACCCUGUCAGCAUAGUCCGUGACAGCUACAGUUCCUAUGACAGUGACGAUGACACCCAUUCGAUAUUGUCCCUUUCCACUGCCACUAUGACAACUUGCACCAAGUCGCAAAAUCCACCCUUGCAGCUGCCAACCUUCAAGCCAGCGCUUGGAUGCAUUAGUGCGGAUGCCUUUCUCGUUCGUUGCUUUGUCACUCGCCUCAGAAAGGGUGUCACCGUCAUCAAGCACAGUCGUUCGAGGUUCCAAAAGAAAUCCAAGGAAUACAUUCUUCGAUUGGAGGGGGAAGAUACCCUGAAUUGGUAUCCAGCACUUGGACAGGGUUCUUCUUCCUCCCUUGGUAGCACUGGAUCAUCGAAAUCAGGUCCCAAACAGCUACAACUAAAACAAUGCAUGGAGGUCCGCAUGGCUUCGUCGCCGGAUCCCACCAACCCAGGAUUUACGGGCACCACAACGUUGAGGGAAAAAUGUCAUAUUGCCGAUGCGCACAAGUCCUUUGCGCUCAUCUUUAAGCAACGAACAUUGGAUAUCACCGCGGCUACUGCUGAUCAAUGCAAAAUGUUGACAGAGGGAUUAUCAGCUUUAUGCUACCAGCUUCACAAGAAAAUGAACAAAGGGAGGGAUCCCUCGCAAGAAACAGAAGUGAGAGAGCCCGAUGUCGAGGAACGAAGACUAUCAUCAAGGCGGGGCUGCUUCCACUGUUAAAAUGGUUUCCUUCCACACACACAUACACAAACAAUAUACACUUGAUUUGACUCAAAAAAAGGCGACAGAUUGAGGUCCGUCAAAGCAAGGGAGGGUUUCAAACAAACGGAUAUGGGAUUCCUACACCAGCAGAACAAUGAACGUGGGCUAGUGAUCUUGCCGAAUUGAGAAGAAGAUUAGAUUAGAUUAGUGUAAAGCGUAUUUUAGGACAAGACGACCCUUUGUGGUUUCUGG